CCAAAGCAAAGAGUUGCCUCCCUCCAUUCAUUUUCAAAUAAUUUGGGCAGCAGUAGCAGCAACAGUGCAGUGCAGUGCAGCAGUAGAUCUCUUGCCCCCUCUGUCUCUCAGUCUCUUUGCACAAUGAACCGGACGUUCUCGUCUAAGAUCCCGAAGAAACCCUCUCCGGCACUGGCACCAGCGAAGAUCGAAGGGAGCAAUAAGAGGAAGAAGAAUCAGAGUUCCCCUCGAAACCCAUUCCAGGAUCUCAAUGCCAUUUCCAGCAGCAGCAGCAACAACAGCAGUGAGGCUUCUUCUCUGUCCAUUGAAGCCCCCAGAGGUUGCCUCAGGUUUUUUCGCUCUCACCAUUCUUGUUCAUCUUCUUCUUCGUCUUCGUCUAUUUAUAAUUCGAAAACCCCUAUUCAGAGGCCCAAAACCCUCUCCAAGAUCCCCAAAUCGGCCCCUAAUGCGAGGAUUUCAAAGUUAUCCAAAUCUAAGCCCUCUAAGGAGAACAAACUGUCGAAAUCAACUAUUGAAGAAAACCCAGAUAGACCCAUAUCACAGAAAGCUCAUAAACUCAAGAAAAACCCAGCUUGCCUGUACCAGUGGCAAUCUGGGAAAAAACCCAGUUCAAGAACUGGGAAAAAGUUGGAAACUUCUUCAGUUAUGAAAAACAGUGGCGAUUGUGUGAAUAAGCUGGCUACUGGGUCUGAAGAAGAAGGUCUCGUGUGGCUGGUUGGUGAUGUAGGUGAGGCCACUGAGCUCAAAACAUUGGGUGCUGAUGCAACUUGUACUCCUUUGAGUAAGAUGGCAAGUGGGUUAGGUUUGGAUUGUGAAGUUGGUGAGGUUGUGGAGGAGGAUUCAAACAGGAGCAAUAAUAAGACACCUCCUGUUCAGGUCUCUGUGUCGCCUGAGAUACAAUGUGGAACAUCCGUGGUGUCGAACACAAUAACCCCUGCUUGUUAUGGUGCUGGCCACAUUGUUUCUGGGGUCAUUGACAAGAGGAAGUGUAGGCCUAGAGGGGUUCUAACUGUAGGAGAAAAUGAUUUUGCCUUUGGUAAAGUUAAGCCUUUUGAUAGUUUUGAUGAUGAUGAUGAUGAAGGAAAUGUUAUAGGGAUUGGAAAUGAUUCAACUGUGAUCCCUGAACCUGCUGAGGCUUCAAUGCAUUGGCUUUUAUCUCCGUGUGAUGAAGAGGAUGCGGAACAGAAGGAGAAUUCUGAAAAUGGGUCAUGUAGAUUUCGGAGGUUAGGAGGGUCUGCCAUACUCCAUUCUCCUUCCUCACCUUCAUCUGGUCAUGGGUUUUCUUCAGAUAUAUGUAACAAUGGUAAUACAACAACCUCUAUUAAUAGUGGUAGAAGAAGGAGAACUUCUUUAAUUUCUCCGAAUGGACUUCCUGAAUUGGAAGGAUUAGCCAUUAUGUCUUCUCCCCAUGCAAGUCCUAGUUGGGAGGCUGUCAUAUUAAAAGAAGGUAGAGCAAGCCGUUGUGAUCUUGAAGGUGAGAAUUCUCCAUUCUCCAUGGACUCUUUCAAUAGUGGAAAUGUUAUGCGAACUCCACAAUCAGACUCAAGCUCAGGUAGACUUGUUGGCCUAUCAUGGUUAAAUGAAGACAUUUACAAGAAACAUCACUUUGAAUCUGAACUCAAUUCAGUGGCUGAAGUUCUUCAAAUGACAAGCUUAUCUCCCAACAACCAUGUAUCGAUUGGAGAUCCUGUUGAUUCAAGCUUCCACUUUGAUUGUCUAACUACUUCUUCCAACUCCGUCGAUCUUACCCAAUUUCAGAAAGUUUUGGAUGAACGGGCUUCUUGGGUUUCUAAUUCUACUUCAGUUAACGUGUCACAAUCCCAGAUGAGAAUAUCGUGGAGGGAAGGAUUAAUAAGCCAGAUUUAUGAGAUGGAUGAAUUCGAUUGUUGCAGAUGCUUGUCAGAUGAAGAGGAAGAUGCCAGCAGCUGCAGGGAUGAACGGUUAAAGUCCCACCGGAGUCCUGAGGCCAAUGUUGAUGUAGCAAGUGAUCAGAUGUUAACAAACAACUACAGGUCUAUUGAAUUUGUAGAUAAUGAACCAAGAACUGACAGGAAAGGUAAAGAACAGUUUCCUUCUCAGAUACUAUGUUCCUGUGCAGAAUCCAUAAGCACUGAUGGAGGUGGCCUUGUUACUUCAAGGGAUUCGGAUUGGACUCUAUGCUACGAUAACAGCUUGUUUAAAAUAUAAUUUUUUACCUUCUCUCGAAUGCUUCUAAUCCUAUUAGAGUAAGUCUGACUAACCUGAGUUCAAAGUGGUUUUUCUUGGUGGUAACUGAGAAUUACUACUUGAGGACCACUCUUUUUCUUUAUUCUUUCAGUGUUUUGAUUA